AUGGCGGACCCCGCGUCACUAGCCUCUCGCUUCACCAAGCUGAACCCCUUCUCCAAGUCCACCCAUGAGAACGACGAGGAGGAUUUUGGCCAGGAGAUUGAUGAUUUCACCGUCGCCGGUGGCGGCCACAGUGCCCGCAGGACAGAUGUCACCCAGCACAAGCUGCGGGUCAGCACCGCCCUGAAGUCGUUCCUUGUCAACCAGGGCGUCCUCUCCGAGGCCGAGGCCGCGCUGGACUCGGACCAGCCGUCCGCCGCCCUGAACGCUCUGCUGGAUCUUCCGCACAUCGAUGUGCCCGCCCAUGUCACCGACAGGUCGUACCCGCUGGCCGAGUACUUCAUCAGCUCCAGCCACAACACAUAUCUGCUGGCUCACCAGCUCACGGGCAGUUCGUCCGCCGAGGCUUACAGGACAGCGCUGAACACAGGUGCCCGCUGCGUCGAGAUCGACGCCUGGGAUCAUGAGGAAAACAAGGAUGAGCCCAAAGUGACACAUGGCUACACUCUGGUCUCCAACAUCCCCUUCCGGGCUGUCUGUGAGACGAUCCGCGAUGUGGUCGAUAAGGAGGCCGCCGAGUCUCACAACGAGCAGGGCUACCGCGCCGCGCCCAUCCUCCUCUCUCUGGAGAACCACUGCAGCGCCCACGGUCAGAUGCGCCUGGUCCAGAUCAUGAAAGAGGUCUGGGGCGAUCGGCUGCUGAGCAAGGCCAUCAGAGAGAAGGGACACGACGAGCAGGAGGGUUCCGGCGCCCAGGUGAGCCUAGAGGAGCUGGGCUCCAAGAUUGUGCUCAUCGUCGAGUAUCAUUUCCCGGAGGAGGUCGAGAAAAGCUCCAGUGACUCCAGCUCGGGCUCGGAAUCCGAGGACGACGAAGAGAAGCAGGCCCGCCAGGCGUACAAGGCGAAGAAGAAGGCUGCCCCGCCGAGCGUUAUCAUCCCAGAGCUGGCUGAGCUUGGCGUCUACGCCCAGUCCGUCAAACCUGUCGACAACUCGUGGUUCGAGGCGGCGGCGAUGAAGAACGGCCCUCAUGACCACCUCAUCAACGUCUCCGAGAUCCAGCUGGCCAAGCACAUGCCCGCCAACAACGAGAAGAUCGCCGUCCAUAAUUCCCGACACCUUAUGCGCGUCUUCCCCAAGGGCACGCGCAUCUCGUCGACGAACCUCAAGCCGGCCGCGUUCUGGGGCAUCGGCGCGCAGAUCUGCGCCCUCAACUGGCAGACCUUUGGCGCCAGCCUGCAGCUGAACGAGGCCCUCUUCAGCGGCACCGAGGGCUACGUGCUCAAGCCGGCCGCCCUGCGGUCCGGCGGCUCCGGCCAGCUCAACACGGGCCGCAAGACCAAGCUGCGCCUGCAGGUCGCCGGCGCGACGGGCAUCCCGCUGCCGGCGGGGCGGCCCGAGGACGAGGUGCGGCCGUACGUGACGUGCACGCUGGUGCACCCGGACCACACGGGCGACGACAGCCCGCACAAGCGCAAGACGGCGGCGUACCGGCAGCACAAGCUGACGGGGUUCCUGCACGGGGGCGCCGGGGGCAACCCGCCGCCGACCGACCCGCUCUGGGACGAGGCGCUCGAGUGGGAGUACGACGACAACGAGCUCGCCUUCGUGCGGCUGCUGGUCAAGAGCGACGACAGCUUCGCCCGCAACCCCCUGCUCGCCGUCGCCGCCGUCCGCCUCGCCUACGUCGUCCCCGCCCAGUGGCGCUUCGUCCGCAUGCUCGACCUCCGCGGCAAGGAGACCACGUGCGUCCUCCUGGUGCGCUUCGACUUCGAGGAGGUGCACUCCAUUGGCCGGAUCUGA